UCCCUUCGUUCCCAAGUCAGAUGCCGACCCUUGGUAGAUGGGAGUGUAUGCAGAGUUGCAGACACCCGCAAGUUGGGCCACUACAUGCUCUUGUGCUAUCUUCUAAACCCAGCUCCAUCCAAGAAGUACAAUAACCAAGUUUUAGCUCAGGAAUAUGGCAACCGGUGGGAGGCCAGCCAGCAUGCGAGCCGUCCAGUACAGUGGCUACGGUGGCGGCAGCGCUGCCCUCAAGUAUGUGGAGAUCCCUGUUCCAUCACUGAAGAAAGGUGAAGUUCUUAUAAAAGUUGAAGCAGCAAGCAUCAAUCCAGCCGAUUGCCGGAUACAGAAAGGACUGCUACGUCCUUUUGUCCCGAAGUUUCCAUUUAUUCCAGUAACCGACGUUGCUGGAGAGAUCGUUGAGGUUGGUUCUGCGGUUCAAGAGUUCAAAGUUGGCGACAGAGUUGUUUCGAAGUUGAUAUUCUGGAAAGCUGGUGGCCUCGCAGAGUACGUAGCGGCAUCCGAGAACAUCACUGUCGUCGUCCCUGCCGGCGUAUCUUCUGCGGAUGCCGCAGGGCUUCCCGUGGCCGGCCUGACGGCGCUUCAGGCCGUGAGGGCCAUUGGCACCAAGUUCGACGGCACGGGCGUCGGCAGCAACAUCCUGAUCACCGCUGCGUCCGGCGGUAUCGGCUCGUACGCCGUCCAGCUCGCUAAGCUCGGGAACCACAACGUCACGGCCACCUGCGGCGCGCGAAACCUGGAGCUUGCCGCGAACAUCGGCGCCGACGAGGCGCUCGACUACAAGACCACGGAAGGCGCGGCACUGAAGAACUCUUCCGGCAAGAAGUACGACUACAUCGUCAACACCACGAACGGCGGCAAGUGGUCGGCGUUCAAGCCGAGUCUCAGCAGCCACGGCAGAGUCAUCGACGUAGCUCCCAACUUUGGGAACUUUCUCGCGUCCAUUCUGACGCUAUUCUCCAAGAAGAAGCUGUCCACGAUUAUCCUGUCACUGGGUAUGGAGGACCUCAAGUUUCUGCUUGAGCUGGUGAAGGAAAGGAAGCUCAAGACAGUCGUCGACUCGCGCCAUCCAUUCGAGAAGGCAGCAGAUGCGUGGGAAAAGAGCUUGAGUGGCCAUGCAACGGGGAAGGUCAUAGUUGAGAUGUGAUUGUUUGACUUUUAUGCACGCAAGCUUCAGUUUUCAUUUCAGCCGUUAUACUUGGAACUGUUAAUAUCCCGAAUCCCUUAUUGUGAAAUUGUACAUGUAUUUAUACAUAAAAUUACUUUACAUGUCUA